GUUUGGAGAACUUCAGACAGUUGACCCUGUUUUCCAAGCAGCCCUCUGAGCGCAUUCAGAAUCCCAGUACAAAUAUGGAUAACAGCGAGGCUUUCAACAAAUCAGGUACUAUGAUACUGCUUACGUGGAUGUCACCCAAACUGCCUUGUGUUUUUGAUGAGCCAGCAAGAGUAUGGAGUGAGACAAUCCCUGCACAGAUCAGGUGGGAAACAAAGCUUGAUUCUAUAAAACCCUGUGCUGUAGUUCCUUCACCCGCUCUGACUCACUGGAAAUGUUUGCACUGAUCCGCUUACGUCACUAAGACCACCACAGAUGGCUAUUCCAUUUACUCCAGUACCUUUUCCAGUGGACCGGGUCAGCGUGAGCAGGUCUUGUUGCAAAAGAGCUUCUCCCAUACAUAUCGACUCUUCAUCUGCAAACUGUGAGCACUCACCUCCUAAAAGCAGAGGAGAUGGUCCCACUGUAGAUCCUACUGUAGAUGAGACUUGUGGGAGACCAAGAGGAGGCCUGACAGAUGGGCCAUCCAGACAGCACAGAGGUGAAAUGAGCUAUGGGGAGAGCUGGAUGGAGAGACCCAUUAUUCUGACACUGCUCGGCCACGAGAUCUUGGAGGAGAGGGCAAAGUUCACGGUUUAUAAAAUCCUGGUGGCGGGGAGUCAGGGAGACAGCUGGGUGAUCUUCAGAAGAUACACAGACUUCUGCAGGCUCAGUGACAAGCUUCAAGAGCUUUUCCCCAGCUUUCAUCCAGCCCUGCCUCCUAAGCGCUGGCUCAAAAACAACUAUGACGAGGAGUUUCUAGAAGGGAGAAAGGCUGGACUGCAGACCUUUUUGGAGAACCUAGUGUUACACAAAGAAGUCCUCAGAAGUGAAGCUGCAAGACGCUUUCUGUGUUUGGUUGAAGCACCGAGUCCGUUUGACAGCCUGGAGGAAAGCAGGGCCUUUUGUGAGAGUCUCGAGGAAACUCACCUUCGUCUUCAGAGUGAACUCGCGGACAAGCAGAGAGAGGCCGACAGGCUGAAGAAGACUUUGGAGGAGAGAGAGAACCGUCUCAACCUGCUGCUAAAAGAAGCCAAAUCCCUGUCACUUUCUGCUGAGAGCUUUGAAGCUUCAACAAUCUUCACCCCCACAGACAGUGACACAGAGGACAUGCAGUGACUGACAUGGACAAAGAAACAAACUGUGACAGUGACAUGUGCAAGUGGUCAUCAGACAUCCUGCUGGUUCCUCUUAAACCCAAGUCCACAAGAAAGUCUAUGAUGUGACCACCGCAGUGCGAAACAAUCUUUGGAUGCAGUUUAAUCUAACCCCUGCCAUGCAUAUGUUUAUUUGAUUCUUUUCAGGGUGUCAUUAAGAGUACUACCUCAAAAUACCAAGCACAUAGAAGUCCCAUAAUGUGUAUAUACUACAUAUUAUGCUGCCUAAUGAGGGAAAAAAUCUAAUAGAUUCUAAUACUAUUUAUUUUUAAUUUCUAAGCAAUGUAUUCAAUUCAUUUCGAUGACAAUGUUUCAUUGAUCUUGAAUUUUAGUGUACACAAGCUCUUUUUGAAGCAUAGGAAAUAUGAAAAAACAAAAUGACCACAAGGGGGCACUGUAAUACAAUAACAGUUUGAGAAAGCAAACAUCUGAGUGAGAGGGACACUGGGAACUUGAUGUUCUGUUCUUAUCUCGCACGGGGACAUUUCUGUAAGAUUUAAGUGCAGAGAAGCACAAAAGCUGGGGAGAGAUGUUUUCCUCUUGAGUAGUGAAUAACAGCUCGCAAUCAAUGAAGGAAGCCUGUGUGAAUGUGUGUGUGUGAGAGAGAUCCACAUCCAUCCAAGUAAAGCCUCAUUCAUGCGCCCUCGUUAUCACACUGAAUGGCCAUGUUGUUUCCUUUCACUCAUUCUGUUUGAGUCACUGAAUAAAUCAGAUAUGUGUGGCUUAUCCGAGGUCAUGAAGGCUACUUUUAUGCUUCUUUUAUGCCGCUGUGAGCAGGUUGGUGCUUAAUUAUUAGAUUUGUACAAUGAAAACAUUCGACUG